AUGAGCACCGGCGCUCCACCACCCGGCAGUCCGAGAAAGCAGGAGCAGCAUCUCUACCAGUCUGCCACUCCUCUUGACACCCGCUCGCAGCUUCUGCAACCUCCUCUUCCGCACCACGACUCCAUGUCCGCCUUCCAGCACAUGCUGCCCACCAUCGUCGCUUCCAAGCAGCAAUCCGAUAUGGUCCUCGACAACCAGCCGUCGGGCCCCUGGUCCAGCGACGACUACGACUCCAUGAUGCGCUCCAUCCUCGACGCAACCCUCCCCUCUGACCACUUUGUCGAUCUCGAGGCUCCACCCUCGCUCGCCUCCUUCUCUGCUUCCUAUGCCGGCUCCUUCGUCUCGGGUUCCAGCGACAGCGGCGCAAGCCCCAACAGCAUCAACGACCUCAUCUACGGUGCAUCCAAUUUCCCUACCCCGCCCGAUUCGGACCUCGGCUCCAAUCCUCGCAACCUUUCCUUCUCCGUGGCCUCCCAAGCUGGAACCGCAUUCAGCCCCGACGGUAGCCUCGACCUCUCCAACGCCUCGUAUCCUCAAUCCUACGCAGGCUCCGACACCACCUCCCCCUUCGCGCACAACUUUGCCGUCCAGGCAACCUCGUCCACUUCGCCCUUCGGCUUGCACACCGUUCAGCUCCCACCCGCCUCCAUCCCGCCCAACAACGCACACGCACAGUCAUGGAACCCAAACUUCCUCGCGCCUGCCACCGCAAACAACCUACACCCUCCGACAGUGUCCGAGCCGUACAGCGAGACCACCGCGACAUCUGUCGAACCAAUCCACAACCACACCACCACCCUCGUCGGCACCAAACGUGGAGCAGAUGCACCCGAGUCGGACGCUGCACUCGCGCAAACUUCUUCAUCAACAAUCGCAAGGAAGAACUCCAAAGCUGCACCGCCACAACCGGAUCCUGACUCCGCCACACGCAAGCCCAAAAAGGCAAAGUCAACCUCGGCACCAUCCGAGUCCAAACCAUCGGCCAAAGUGGCAGCGCCAGCGCCAGCGCCACCAACCAUCAACCACAUGAGCAGCAAGCUGCCCCACAUGGAAGUCGGAAGUAACGCCACCGCCCUCGCCGCCAUCCAAAGGCUCAAAGCAAAGCGACUACAAGAAAGCCAGGCCGCAGCGAACGCUGCCAGUGCCCUCGCCUCCACGCAGGCUACAUCCCAAACAUCAGCUUCCGCCACCUCCGCCGACAAACAGCACCUCGACCCCGCCACCCGCCAGCAGAAAAAGGUUGCACACAACGCCAUCGAGCGCAGAUAUCGCAACAACAUCAACGACCGCAUCGCCGCCCUUCGUCGCGCCGUACCUGCGCUCCGCGAGAUUCGCCCACGCAAGACCCCCUCCGGUCGUCGCAGUCGCAAGGCGCAGCAGGAGGAAGACCUCGUCGAUGGCGUCCCCGCCGCCACCAAGCUCAACAAGGCCACCAUCCUCGGCAAGGCCACAGACUACAUCAAGUACCUGAAGUCCAGAGAGUUGCGCCUCACCAGCGAGGUCGCCGGCCUCCGCGAACUCGUCCGCAGUCUCGAGGGAGGCGAGGAGCUCCUCGAACUCUGGGAGGCAGAGAUGGACAAGGUCGUCGCAGAGCAGGAGGCCUUCGCAGCAGCCGCAGCCGCCAUGGAAGACGAGGAGGCCCAGGACGAGGCCGACGCCUCCCUCAACGCCGGCGCCGAUGACGACGACGAUGACGACGAGGCUGACGAAGACGACGAUGAAGCCGACACGGGCGAAAGCUCCUACAACAGCGCCUCGUCCUCCUCCCCCCCUUCAGCCAGAAGUCGCACCGGAUCCAAGGCCGGCCGGGGCCGUCGUUCCGGCAUCGCCGCCACCCUCUCCUCCGUCGCCUCCUCGCGCUACAUGCUCGCCACCUUCCUCGGCAUCAGCUUCAUCGGCUCUGGUGCCGAAUUUGCCCUCGAUGCAUCUGCCUCGGACGCAUCCGAAGCCGUCGCCCGCCCCGCUCCCGCAAAGCUCAUGGUGGGCGCAGGUCGUCAGCUGCUCAAGCGCUCCGCAGGAUACGUGGCCCCUUCCUUGUCCAUCGCCCAGGAUCCGCACGCCUUUGACAGCGUUCCCUCGCACGCACUUGCCUUCGAGGUGCUGCGCAUCGUAUCCUUCGCUUUCCUCUUCCUCUUCCUCGUCUGGCCCAUCUUUUCCCGUUUCCUCCCAAAGGCACGCUCGUCUUCAGUCGAUGCGUCUGUCAGCUCCGACGGUGCAUCAUCCGUGGAUUCUGCCGAGUCGAGCCGCAAGCUGCGCAUGUCGUUGACCAAGGGCGACAUCGGCGUCGCUGCCUUCGACUCGGCCACUCGCUCCAACGUCUCAGCCCCCCUCUCUGCUCCCAUGGCUCUUCCUUCGGUCCUCGGGUCCAGCUUGCAUCUCGUCCUCGGCCGCAACUCUCGUCUUCACAGAUUCGUGCCGAUCAAGCACAUGUCAAGCGACGAGGCUGGCGCGCUGUGCCGCCUACUCGAGGUGGAGACGCUGUGCGAAGCCAAAGCUCAGACUUCUUCGCUCCUUCGUCUGCACACCGCACUUCGCCUCGCCAACAGUCAAUACAUUCGCGGCUCGUCCCAUGCCGCCUCGCGAGACCCCGCUUCGGUGCGACCUCGACUGCUGGCUACGCUCGCGCUCGCGUUUGCACGCCUCGGCGACGGUGUCAACUCGGCCCAGGACUUUGCCGACUCGCUCUGGAUCGAGGCACGCUCGUGUCUUCGUGCGGCCGACGCCGAGAGCUCGACGCCCUCUGCGCUUCACAAGGACGACGGCCUGGCUCAGGUCGAGAGUGCGUCGUGGCUCUCGUCAGUGCUGUCGCUCGAUCUGGACACUGCGCUCGACAUGCUCGCGACCGCGUCUGCAUCCAGCGACCUGCGCGACUACGAGUACUCGGCAGUGCUCGGUAUUGCCGACGUGCACUACUGCGCGCGCCUAACCGCGGUGUGGAACCGUCUGCUGGCCAGCGUGGUGCGCGCUUCGUGCCCUUCGUCGUCGGUGGCUCCGUCCAAGCUCGUGCACGGCUUCGUAUCGAUGCAGUCCAAGCAGAGGCUCGAGCUGGACGUGGUGCACGAUGCCGAGACUCGUCGCGAACUGCAUGCCGAGAUAACGAUGCUCGCACGCACUGCGCCACCCACGCCACGCGCAUGGCAAAUGGCACAGGUGACGCUGGCAACGUGGUCGGCGGUGCUGGGCAACCUCGGUGUCGCACGCCACGUCGCCUCGAUGCUGCGCGACCAGCCUUUGUCCACGCAGAGCGAGCUGGCGAGCGUCGCGGCGCUGUACGCCUUUGUCGAUGCCAACGCCGCUCCGGAGCCAGCGACCACGCCGGCGCCGCGCAACGAGGUGGAUGCGCGCGCCGUGCUCCUGCUCGCCUGGCUCAGCUUCCUGCGCAUGUUUGCCGACGCGCGCACCGACGUCAAGCGCGUGCAUGCCACCACGCUGCACGUGCGCAAGCUCGUCUCGGCUGCGGCACCGGCUGCGGCGCUAGACGAGGCGAGCGCGCACGAGCUCGACGAGCUCGACGCGGGCCUCGACACGAUCACCGAGCUGUGCACCGCGCUGGGCCGCGCGAUCAACCGCCUCCCGUCCUCGGCCACCAGCGCGUCCACUGCGCCGCUCAAGGCGCUCGUCGACGCCGCCGCCGCCGCGGACGACGAUCGCGACUCGGGCAUCGAGCUGUAG